CGGGGCAGCAGCCGCAGGCCCACGCCGUAAACAGUCAACAUGGCGGCGGCGGCGGCAGCGGCACCCGGGGCCUUCGGCACCUUGCAGGCAGGCCGCGCUCGCUUGGUGGCCGCUUGCUGUGCGCGGCUCGGCCCUGGGUGGAGGCUGUCUGGCUCCUGGACGGUCCCGCGGGUCGACCUGGCGAUCUGGGCUCGGGGCUGGACACCCGCGGCCGGGGGGGCGGCCUGGCGGAGGGGCUACAGCUCUGAGGUGAAGACGGAGGACGAGCUGCGGGUGCGGUAUCUGGAGGAGGAGAACCGAGGAAUUGUGGUGCUUGGAAUAAACAGAGCUUAUGCCAAAAAUUCAUUGAGUACAAAUCUUAUAAAAAUGCUUUCAAAAGCUGUGGAUGCUUUAAAAUCUGAUAAGAAAGUACGGACCAUAAUAGUCAGAAGUGAAGUCCCAGGGAUAUUCUGUGCUGGUGCUGACCUUAAGGAAAGAGUCAAAAUGAAUUCCAGUGAAGUUGGUCCUUUUGUCUCCAAAAUAAGAGCAGUGAUUAAUGAAAUCGCUAAUCUUCCAGUGCCAACCAUUGCAGCAAUAGAUGGGCUCGCUUUAGGUGGUGGACUUGAACUGGCUUUAGCAUGUGAUAUAAGAGUAGCAGCUUCUUCUGCAAAAAUGGGCCUGGUUGAAACAAAGUUGGCAAUUAUUCCUGGUGGAGGGGGCACGCAGCGACUGCCACGUGCCAUUGGGAUGUCCCUGGCCAAAGAGCUCAUCUUCUCUGCACGUGUGCUCGAUGGCCAAGCAGCCAAAGCAGUGGGCUUGAUCAGCCAUGUUCUGGAACAGAACCAGGAGGGGGACGCUGCCUAUAGAAAGGCCUUGGACCUAGCAAGAGAGUUUUUACCUCAGGGACCUGUUGCAAUGAGAGUGGCAAAAUUAGCAAUUAAUCAAGGGAUGGAGGUCGAUUUAGUAACAGGAUUAGCCAUAGAAGAAGCUUGUUAUGCUCAGACUAUUCCAACGAAAGACAGACUUGAAGGUCUUCUUGCUUUUAAAGAGAAAAGGACCCCUCGUUAUAAAGGAGAGUAGAAGAAAGAGAAAUCUUUAAAAUGCCAGUGUAAUAAAUAUACUUCUGGAAGUAUCUUUCAGAUUCACGUAUGCCUCAGCAUCUGGAAUCCCAGCGACCAAAGUGAAGAGCGAGUUAUCCAUAUACUGAAUUAAGUAUCUGGAGUGGACCCCUAUGUGUACUCGUUCAAAUGUGUAUCAUCAUUUUCAUUCAGAUUUAUAAAGCUAAUAGUGUAUACUGUCAAAAACGCCAAUUCAAAAUUAGGUAUACAUUUUUAAAUACCUCCUGCAUAUGAGGCUUUCUGUUCUUAAUUUUUUUAAUGUGAAUAAUUUAUAUAUUGCACACGCUAGGAAAAAAUAUUGAUUGUAUGUCUCCUGUGCUACAGUAUGAAAAUAAAAUUAUUUCUAUGUACCAAAAAUGUGAAGUUAUACCAAAUAAAGUUUCCAAGGGAUUGUACACAUGCACCCACACACAUACAUCUCAUACUGAAAAAGGAGCUGAUAGAAUUCUGAGUGAAAAUUAUCAAAUAUAAGUAAAAUUCGUGAAAAGAAAACGUGGAAAUUUUUCUCUUACCCCAUUCUUUUUGUAUUGAGUAAAUCAUUGCAUGUUGGAUUUUAGAAGAAACCACCUUUCCAUUGCUGAUUCUGUCAGGUGACCUCUUUACGUAGUCAGUCUUAGAAUACAGUAUGGAUGGUGAAUUAAUCCAGUCAGAGACUGGGACCAAAGGCCUUGUGGAGGCCAACUGGAGGCCUGGAACUGUUGUACCUCUAAGCCCUCCUAGCAAGUGGCCUGGCCCCUUGGCCUAACCCAGAAAUAAAAUGGUGCAGCCAAGGUUGGCCCUUAGAAGUGGCUUGGUCCUGGAUUAAGGGUGAAGUAGAGCCUGCUUUCUGCUUCCUUCUCCACAGCUAUUUGCAGCUGAUUUCAGUAAGGAAAGGAGGUGAACACAGCACCCCUCUCUCCCCGUUCUAACAAACAUCAUGCCCUUCUACCCCUGGCCAGGUAAGCAACUAGAAAUGGAGGAGCUCCAGGGGUGUGUGAGUUUAUAUAGCCUUGCCUGGGGGACAGAUAGGAAGUGUGGGGGAAAUAGUCAGCUGUAGAACUCAGUGUGCAAAAGGGAGCGGAACAGUACAGCUCCCCGAACGAAUUUGGGCUAGCUUUAUUUUGUGUUCAUUUGAUCAAACCACACUGCCUUUUGAGGCUGCAUCCAGGGCUGAGUCCAGCAGUGCUGGAGAAACCCCCCUUUUCCAGGACCCGCGCCUGUUACUUGCCAGCUCCAGGGGUCCCCCACUGUCCCCAAACACUGCAGCUGUGCUUCAUUGCAGUGAAGUCAAGUUCGACACGUGGGUGACUGCCUGUUUCACGCAUUCCCAUGCUCCGCACCACAGCUUCCUUGCUCUUUUAAAGCAUAUAGACUUGGAAUUUUUUAAAUCACCGAAACUUUUGUUUUUUAAUUUGAGAAAUUGAACUCUCAAUCUCAAUUCUAAAAUCCUUGAAAGAGGUAAGCGUGGACUUAACCUCAGCUGAUGGGCACCCUGCCAGGGGGCAGGCCUGCUUACUAUGCGCGUCCUUGUACUACAGCAAGCGCUGUGCUCUUUGUCACCUUUGCUGCUGACACUGUACAGACUAUGAUGUUUGCUCAGCUGAUCGCCAUCAUAUGAAAGGAGCUUGUUAAAAUUUACAUUCGGCUCUGUGGUGAUUGUAUCUGGUGGUAUAUACACUUUGCUGAUAAACUUGUACCAUUCAUUUC